AUGUCCCUACUUCUGCUCUCCUUCCUCGCCUCGGCAGACGCGGCGCGUCACCACUGCUCGAGAGAACUGCGCGGCGACUGCUCGAGACGGCUGCGUGGCGACUGCUCGAGACGGCUGCGUGGCGGCGGCGGCAUGGGCCUCUCCAUGGACCGGCCGACACACCGGCUGCGCGGCGGCGGCAUGGACUUCUCGAUGGACGAGCUGCAAAAGGCGAUGUCUGACCCGGAGGCACUGGAGGAGCUCAAGCGACUGACAUCCAACCCGGAGGCGAUGGCCGAAGUGCGGGCGAUGAUGGACGACCCCGAGUUUCGCGCGCAGAUGACUGCGAUGGUGGACGAGGGCGGCGCGGAGAAGCUGGCGUUGGUCAAGGAGCAGCUGGCGAGCAACGACGAGCUCGGCGGCGCCAUCAAUGAGAUGGGGCCGUCGCUCGGCGCGGCGCUCGACUUGCUGAAGCGCUCAUGCGAGGACGCCGCCGCCCUCGAGGCUGCUUGCUCCGCGCUCCUCUCCCUCGUGCGCAACCUCGCCCAACGGCCGGAGGAGGAGAGGUACCGCACGCUCCGCACCGGCUCGCCGGCGCUGAGAGAGAGGCUCACACGUCACGCGGGCGGGCUGCUGUCCCUCGAGGCGAUCGGCUUCCGCGCCGACCAGGAGGAGCUCCGGGCGCGGGAGGGGCGCCGCGCCAAAGCGAAGGAGGAGGGCGGCGAGGAGGAGGAGGAGGACCUCGAGCUGCGGAUAGGAGACGAGGCGCGCGGGGCGGCGGCGCUGCGGCGGGCGGAGCAGCUGAUUGCGACCGCGCAGCGGGAGGGCCGCGCGGCGUCGGGGCUCGCGACGGAGCACGAGCUCCCCUUCGCCCUCUGCGUCGCACUGCCCUCCAUCCGCGCCGUCAUCGGCGGCGACUCGGAGCUUGCGUCCGGCCUCACAAAGCUGCUGCUGCAGAACGACGAGUUCCGCGCCGUGCUGAGCGGUCCCGCGGCGGAGGUCGCGCUGCCGUCGAUCCUGGGCAUGCUCCGCUCGCAGGCGGGUCUGCGUGGGGUCCUCGAAUACUUCUACCCCGAGGUUGCCACGCCACGCGGGCACAGGGUCCGCGCCGUCUCGACGGUCGGGGAGUGGAAGGCGGCGGUGGAGGCUGCGGGGGACAGGCCCCUCGUCGCCCUGCUCGGCCGCGCCGACGACCCGCCGAGCCGCAUGCUGGUCGCGGUGUACAACAAGCUCUCCACCGACCCCGCCUACGCGCCGCUCGACUUUGCCGCCGUGAGCGUCGGCGGCGCCGACGACGGCAUGGCGUUGCGCGUGCUGGACGAGGCGUUCGUGCACGUCAACGCGCUGCCGCUCUUUUGCUUCUACGACGCCGGGAUCGAGCACCGGCGGUGGCGGCUCGCUGGUGCAGACGUGGCCGAGCUGCAGCGCCGGCUGGCGAGGGUGGCGGCGGGGCUGAGCCAGGCAGAGAUCGACGAGGGGCCCGCCGUCGAGGGAGAGUGA